AUGUCUAUCAACACGGCGCACGCCCAGGGAGGAGUUCUGAUUUUUGCUGGUGAAAGAAUUCUAAUUUACUAUGAUGGCAUUGAACUGACAUUUGAAGGCCCAGCAUCUGUGACACCGCUGAAAGGCAAGAAGAAUGGCAGAGUCUAUCUAACUACUCACAGAGUGAUCUUCAACAACAAGGAUGGUAAAGAUAGCCUGCAGUCAUUCUCUUUCCCGUUCUUGUUGAUGAGGGAGGUAGAGCUGGAGCAGCCUAUCUUUGGGUCCAACUACAUCAAGGGUCGGAUCCUUGCAGAGCCAUAUGGAAACUGGCAAGGAGAGGCCAAAUUCAAGAUGUUUUUCACCCAUGGAGGUGCCAUUGAAUUUGGUAAGGCCAUGCUGACGGCUGCAUCUCUAGCCUCCAGGAAUCGACCACCAAAUCCACCUCCCUACUCCCCACCACCCACAGCAGGCUUUUAUGCAGCCCCACCUCCUGCAUAUGAGCCUCCACAGAACUCUUUCUAUUCCUGGGUGCCGUAUGACACAUUUCCAAAUGCUCCACCACCCCAGACCGUGUUCAUGAGUGAAGCUCCACCUCCAUACCCCGGAGUGGAUCCAAACUUGGCAUACCCAUCACCUUCAGCUCCUAUGAUGAACGGGCAUGAUGCCAAGGCCCAGGAAGCAGCAGCCAGCGCCUACUAUGACCCAUCCAACCAACAUAACUUCUAUGCCCCGGCUGCCCAUGCGAUGGCCCCACCAGCCUAUCCUAACUACAGUGGUCCACCACCCGCAUACAGUGAAGCUGAGAAAAAGUCAAACUAA